UCAUGUGAUGUGAUUAUGGGGCCUGGCUUACACGGCGUGGAAGAAAAAAAAAAUACAAGCGAGCACGAAGGAAACGGAAGAGGUAGCUUGAGUUGCUGUUGUACCUGCGGCUGCUACUCAGCACUCAGGAGCCGGUGCAGCAUGUCCCGGCGGGCACUAAGGAAGCUGCGAGGAGAGCAUAGGGGCCAAGAAGAACCAGAGGGCCCAGAGAGUGAAGAGGAGAUAGCAAAGGUCCCACAGGCACAACAACGUAGUCACAAGGGAAGCCGAAAACUACUUGAGGAGCGUGGUCUGAAUAACCCCUUCCAGCUGAUCACUGAUCUUGAUUUUGAUGAUCAGAGCGACACCGGUGGGGUCAACCAGUCUAGACUAUCAGAGGAAGAGGAUAAAACCGAAAAUGUAUUUGACAGUUUGGAAAAGACUGAAAUCUCACAGGCAAGCAGCAAACUAAAAAAGAAGAGGAAGAAAAAGAAAGGAAAGAAAUGUGUUAAUACAGAGCCACAGCCUGAUGUUGACCUAGAAGGCUCAGCCAAUUUAGGUGACAUUAAUAGCAUUCUGGAAGAUAUUGAGAACAGCAAUGGGGUCACAUUUCCAACCCAGAACAGUGGUAACACAGAUGUGCGCCCACUUCUUUAUGUAGAACACCGUAACUUGAAUCCUGAGACAGAACUAAAGAAAUUUUUUGGCUCCCGUGCUGUUCUUGGGGAUCAGAGGCCACGGCAAAGACAACGACCACAUCACCGUAGUACUUGGCUUACAACCAUUAAGAAUACCUGGCCCAGAUAUAGCAAGACAGGCAUUACUAUGAGCCUUCUGGAGAGCAAACGAGGGGUUCAACAUUUUACAUUCGAGCACCAGCGGGAUUACCAACAGGUGCAGUUCAAGUUCUUAGAUGCAGUGGAAUCCAUGGAUCCCAAUAACAUUGUGCUACUCCUUCAGAUGAAUCCGUAUCACGUGGACUCUCUGCUCCAGCUCAGUGAUGUAUGCCGACUUCAGGAAGAUCAGGAAAUGGCACGAGAUUUGAUUGAGAGAGCCCUCUACAGCCUAGAAUGUAGCUUUCAUCCUGUAUUCAGCCUCACCAGUGGGACCUGUAGGCUCUGUUACCGUCGGCCAGAAAACAGGGGUUUUUUCUUGGCGCUUUUCAAGCAUAUGUUUUUCCUGGAAAAGCGUGGUUGUCCCCGUACUGCCCUGGAAUUCUGUAAACUUAUCCUCAGUUUUGAUCCUGAUAAUGACCCUCUGUGCAUGCUGCUGCUGAUUGAUUUCUUGGCUCUGCGUGGGCGGGAAUACACCUUCCUCACCCGAAUGUUCCAGGAGUGGGAGAAUCAUAGAAACUUGUCCCAGCUCCCAAACUUUGCUUUCUCUGUGCCGCUCGCCUAUUUCCAGCUCAGCCAGCAGGAUGAAAUCUCUGACUAUGAAGAGAAGGCUUCGUAUGACAAAGCAUCCCACCUUGUACAACAAGCUCUCAUAAUGUUUCCUGGAGUGCUUAUACCGCUCUUGGACGCCUGUGGGGUUUUACCAGAUGCCGCAGUCGCUUCUCAUCCUUUUUUUGGCGCUAUGGCACAAAUAAGCCAACCCCCAGCCCUGUCGCAGCUGAUUUCGCUAUAUGUGGGAAGGAGUCAUGGUCUAUGGAAGGAGCCCUCAGUUAUGAACUGGCUGGAACAGAAUGUACGGGAGGUGCUGUGCCUGGUAGAUAAUAAGGAUCCAAUUGUGCAGGAAUGUGAGAUGAGGAGAAAAGUCAGAUAUCAGAGUGCCCCCAGGAACAUCCAUCGCCAUAUCAUCCUCUCUGAGGUCAAGGGAGCCAGCUCAGCGCUGCCACUGGAUGUGACUUCUCAACCGGUGUUGGGGUUUGAUCCUCUUCCACCUCUUGAUUCCAUUGCGUCCUACACAAGGCCAGAGAGGUCAAACCGUCAGUCUAACCAAGGCACUUUAUCUUUAUUCUUCCGUUCACUUUUGCCAAACUUCAAUCUGCAGGGAGAAGCUCAUCCUGAAGAGGAGCUGGGAGCUGCUAGAGACUUAAAUCAAGGUGUAAAUCGGCUUAUGGCAGCUAUGAGAGACAUGCUGGCAAACAUUCAAUUCCAAGGACCACCACGUGAAGACAAUCCAGAUGAGGAGGCAGAUGCAGAAUGGGAUUGACCCCUCACAUACAUAUUUCCCACUGUGAUCAUUCACUUUUUAGAUGUACAGUACUUAAGUUUAAUAAACUAUUACAAACAUAAA